AUGUGGUCUAAAAGACCGUUCCACAAGCCCAAACGGCCCUCGAUCAGCGGCCCCAAGUUGAAUGGCAAUCCACCCACCACAUCAGACCCUGUGCAUGAUAUGGUCGCAAAAAGGUUGCCCACUCUGCCUGACGAUUUGCAUUCGUCGUUACAGCCGGAUUCUGUCCCGCGUGAUGAUAUCAAUAAAAGACCCUCGGAUUUCUCGCCUGCUGUUUCGCCGAUGCUUGAAGCUCAUAGGCGGGCAAGCCAAAGUAGUUUCUGUGUCUCGCCCAUCGGAGACGGAGACCAAUUUCCUGAUUCUGAUUAUGCGCGACAGGAGACUCGGAUCUCAUCUUCGCCAACUCCUACUCCUACUCCCAAGGUAGACUAUGUUGAGACACCCUCUCAUCCCCGGGUUCAGCCUGUCCAGCCUGUCCAGCCUCCCCAGUAUGAACAGGACUCUAGACGAUUUAUCUCCGGUAAAUCGACGCGCUGGGAUAAUUUUUCGGGCGAACCAAGUGACUUUGGUAGAGCUAGCCAUGUUGAUCCCCGCAACACUUCUUUUCACAGACCCUCUGCGGCUCCUGCGCCCGGGGCUCCUGCUUCCAACUUACUAAACUGGGGCCAGGGGUUCAACCCCAAGAAGACCCUCAAUGCAGCUCGACAUCGGAUCAGCAGUUUCUCGAAGCCCGAAGAACUUUCGCAAAAGGAACCCAGAAGUAGAUCGGCAUCACGUGGAUUUCCAGCGAGCGAGCAUUCCCGCAAGCGCAGCGGCAACCACGCGCUAAAGACAAGUCCCCAACUCGAUAACUUUGCAUUCGCUCCUACAACUGUAACCACUAUCACCGCCGGUGGUCCAGUAUCAGUUCCCCGACCGGCAACAGAGCACGCUCCAAGCCAUCUGCUAGAGGACAAACCACUACUCAAUUUCGAUAACGAUUUCAGCGACAUGAUGCUCACGAGCGAUGAACCCAGGAGCCGUUUCAGCGCAACUACAUACACAGCCACCGAACCCGGUAGCCAAGAUGCAAGCCCGCGGGAGAGUAUGCAGCUCGAAAACCGAUCUACAGACGACGUAUCCACAUCCUCUAUCAUGGCCCGACGCCGCCCAGUCCCAAUCGGCGUGCCGACUUCGAAGAAGCAGACCGUCUCCGCCAUGCCCGUCCGAAAGCCCACUCCAUCCCAGGUCGCACAACAGGUCGGGCAGAUGCCCGCGCAGUCGCCUUCGCCUCCACCUCCCCCUGAGGUGCCACUAGAUGCACAGGGCCGCAUUAAAGCAAUGGAGAACAAGAGGGAUGACCUUACCCAGCGCAGAUAUAGUCUGGAGGCGUUGAUCGCCGAAUUGAGUAAGGUUAUUCAGCCUACUUCAGCGGUGUACGAUCUGGCUGCGAAAGCCGAGGCCCAGAAAAGCAUUAAGGGCAUCGAAGGCGAGAUUGCGGAUAUCAAGAAAGAAGAGCACGAUCUUGGUAUGAAGAUUACUCGAGCGUGGCGUCGCCUGGACGAGAAGGAGAAUUCUGGUGAUGGCAAUAAUCUCUGGGUCAAGCGAGUCACUAGUUAG